AUUACCGUAUGUAGUUUACAAGCAAUGGUGGAAGAAAUUGUGCAUAAACCAUGAUGUCCAUUGCAUGUUACGUAUUGCUCUUCUGUUUACAUUUUGUUCAUUCAAAAGCUGGACUCGGGGUAGGAGUCUGCGGUCGAGAUCCUUUGAGAUGCUGUGUGAAUUAUCGACAGGAGUAUACAUUCUGCAAUCCUUGUGAUGAAGGUACCUAUGGACACAAUUGCUCUGGAGGACGGUGUGUUUAUGGAUCGUAUGGAUUUGGGUGUUUAAAGAAGUGUAACUGUUCACGUGAUCAGUUUUGCGACGCAAGUAUAGGAUGCUCAUAUAAUAUCAGCGGCGAAACGAAAGCAAGUGCAGGAAUAUGGAUGGUGAAUGUAUCGAUCAUGGUCGUCAGUUUUGGCGGAGCAGUCCUUUUGGUGGCUAUUGCCGUUAUUCUUGUGAAGAGACAGAGAGUGAUGAAUGCGACUACCCAUGGAUUUUAUCUGGGAGAAAGCAUGCCAAUUGCUGAUACAACAUCUGAAAGCUAUAUGAGAGUGGAAGAAAAUAUCUACAAUGAACCUGAACUUAUUUCUUUGGAUUACAUUGAUCCAUUUGAUGAUAGCGAUAAAAAUAACUAUAUUUCGAAGAGGCAGGAAAGACCACGAGAAGAAAGAGAAGAUAGGACGAAACAAAAAUCUACAGUACUGUCCCUCCUCAUGAGGGACAGAAAGGAAUCUGAAUUCGAUAAAGUGGACAGGGGAUACAUAGAUAUUAUGGAAAUUAAUUCCGGCACAGAUUCACUUCCAGCAUCACCACCACUAACAACAUUAACAACAACAGCGACAACAUCUACAAUGACAGUAUCAACCCUCCCACUACAAACGACAUCACAAUUAACAACAAAACCACUACCACGAUUUCCACCAGUAGAAAAGAGAAAAUUUCAAUUAACAACAGCAUUUCCAAAAGAAUUACACCAAUCAGUAGCACGUGAGACAAACACCACGACACAACCAACUGUCGCAAAAGCAUAUACAAGCACAUCACCUUUGGAAUCAGGAAUAGAUACACAAUCAUCAAGAUCUCUUGGAGUGAAAGUAACAGAACAGCCAUCAUCUCCAUUCACAAUCACAACAGAAAUAAUAACAAAAUCAGAAACAACCAAGCUAUCAUCAGUAGCACUGAUAAAAUUACCGUCAGACACCCUAUCAGAACCAACAAAAACGACAGAUCCAACCACACUAAAUAUACCACGGACGAGAAAAAACGUAAAAACAAAGACGUUUUUGCAAUCACAACCUACUACAACAGGACAACCAACGACAACAGCAGUCACAACAAGACAAACGAAUUCAAAAACUAUACAACAUAUGAUCGAUUUUUACGAAACCGCGCAGAGUAAAAUUUAAGCUAUAUUUCAUAUUUGAACGAUUUCAAGACUUAUAAACUGUGACAUUCAUCAUCUCACUGAAGGAGUCGCAAACAGAUUCUAGUGUACAUUUUGGAAUUGUGGCAGAAGUUUUCUAUCUGAUAUUAUUAGUUACACAGUUAGUUAGUGACCUGAUACGGAAAAAUACAUGGUGUGAAAAGAAAACCCGUAUCGGGCUCGGCUUCGCCUCGCCCGAUACGGGUUUUCUUUUCACACCAUGUAUUUUUCCGUAUCAGGUCACUAACUGACUGUGUAACGAAUUAAUCACGCCGAAGACCUCUAACUGUAUAUGUGGGGGUCUAUAUCAUACAACUUAGUCAAAUGUCUUUCCUUUUGAAACGGCUGCAAGUCGAACCCGACGAUAAAUAAAAUUACUCGCCCAAUACGGAUUUUACUCGCAUGAUACGGUUUUUUUCACGGCGUCAUGUGACCAAGAUCUGACCAAUCAGAUUUCAACAAUUUUGUCUGAGGCGUGAUAAAAAGUAUUGCUAAGAUCAAAGGAAAGAAUACCGGACUAUGACAUAAAUCUAUACUUAUAAAUUAACACAUUUUGCGAAUAAACUCCCAAACGCUUGCUCUAGAGUUAAAGCUUUCACCUUUAAUAUUGUUUUAUAUGUGGGGUAAAGUUCGUAAACUAUAAUAAAAUCUUUUUUCAUUAGAAAAUAUCGUAAAAUCAAUUAAAAAUCUAAUUUCGUUUUCGAUUAACUACCCCGAACUAGCAAAAAUGAAAAGUAAAGUGGCGGUUUCUUUUGUAUUAUGACAACUAAAAAGAUAAUAUGAUAUAAAGUUAAUCCGUUGUUAAUCGAUACUUGGUUUUGAUGUUAUAGAAGAUAUGUUUUGAUAAUUGUCGAAUAAUUAAAAUUGACCUGUUCGUUUCCUCAAUCCGUGAUUUUAGUCUUGACUCAGCUUAUGGAAACUUCCAGAACAAAGCGAGACAACACCAUACAACCAAUUCACAUUCUCGGGCCUUUCCGGCAAGCCGAGAAGUUGUGAUUGGUUGACAACAUGAUCAGCAUAAAAUUGUGUAGAUAUUCAAUGUUAGUUAUGAUAGUUUUGCGUAGACCCAUAUUUAUUAUUUUAUGAAGAUUUAUAAUCUAUUAUUUACGAAAGCCCAGAACGCUCAUUCGAGAUUUGAAAUUCAAUAUACGAGAUUCAGAUUUCGGGAUUCAAAAUCCUAAUUAACCAAUCAGAUAGCUUAUUCUCCUAAUAUGUUUACGAAACAUCGAAACAUUUCUUUUAAAACUAUAAAAGUUAUGAUGUAUACAUAGCAUGCAGACAGGCCCGUAGAAAGCGGGAAGGGAGGGGAGGAAAACUUGUUCCAACUCCCACAUAUUAAUUAUGUACUGUAUAUGAUAACGAGGUCAAAUAAUGACGAAUACAUCUCAUAAUAUACCUAAAUUGAAAUCGUAUUUGAAGCCUAUUAAUCGAUGAUACCCUGCCAACAAUUGAUCCUAGUUUGAUUUUUUUCAGUUAAGUACUAAUCAAUAGGUUAAAUACUAGUAUAAUCCAUAUGUAGGCCUAUUUUUUCUUUUAAUAUCAUUACGUUUUAUUUUCAUUCUAAUCCAUUUAAUUUUAUUGAUCUAUUUUCAUUAGAAGAUCUACAAGGAACGUACUCCUGGACGUUGACGGAGGCUGUGGGUGUAUGGGUCAAGAAAAUUCUAUAUACAUGUAUAAACAAUUCAGGAAUUUCAAACCAUGAAUAAAUAUUUCUUUCCGAUCUA